UUUGACAUCAAAAAGAUUAAAAACCAAGAAAAUACAACUCAAAACAAUAAAUAUAAUUAUUACUAUGUAGAAAUUUAAUACUUUGCACAAAAAUUAUAAUUUUAAAACGCAAAAUAAAUAUUUACUUGCACCGAGGCAAAAAACGGCAAAAAUACGAACUAAACACCCAAAUAAACAAAACGUCAAACCUAACCUCCAACAAAUGUCACCCCAAAAUAACCCAGUUUACCUUAUUCAAUGUACUAAGUUUAAAAGAAAUAAUUAAACAAUGGCAUGCCCCGGCCUAUACUGUGGCCGACAACUCUUACCUUCUGAAAUCUACAGCGAUUGCGGCGCGUGUCCGCGAGGAUUUCGACGGAAUGACACAACUUUCAUAUGUGAACCAUGUCAAGACUCACCAAUAUUCUAUGAUUGGCUUUACUUAGGAUUUAUGGUCAUACUAGUGCUUGUAUUGCAUUGGUUCUUCAUAGAUAUGGUCGUAAUGAAACGCAGUUUUUCAAAAGACAUUCUAAUUCUACACUUCACUGCACUUGUUGAAGUCAUCCUAGCAUCACUAUUUACUCUUCUAAGUACAUUUCCUUAUGGUACAUUAGAGAUAACAAGCUGUCAAGUAAAAGGACUCUCAGAUUGGUAUACAUUACUGCAUAAUCCUGCUCCAAAUUAUGAAAAAGUUGUUCAUUGCACACAGGAAGCAGUAUAUCCACUAUACACAGUGGUUUUUGUAUUCUAUGGCUUUGCUCUGCUCUUAAUGUUAUUAAUCAGGCCAUGGAUCUGCAAAAAGUUUAUUCCAAGGCAAAGUAAAAUGUCUAUUUAUGCAGCCAUGUACUUUAUUCCAAUUCUGGCUGUUAUUCAUGCAUUAAUCGGCGGUUUACUAUAUUAUGCUUUUCCAUAUCUAAUAGUAAUACUAUCAGUAAUCUCAAGUGCUGCACAUUUCGCAGCGAAAAUCGAUCAAUCAGUGACGAAACUCAUCACUUCAACGCUGAAAAACAAGCGUAACAUCGUCAUCCUCCUGGGACAUUGGUGUUUGCACGCGUACGGCAUAAUUUCCAUCACACAAUUAACAAAUCCAACAAUGCACGCGUUAAUGAUUCUGUUUGUGCCAUUACCCGCGUUAUUCUACAUCCUAACCGCGCGUUUCACGGAUCCUAACAAACUGACAGUCAUCUAGCAUCCGUACGCCCGUUGCCGCGGGUAUUAAUACAUAUUUAUUGUAAAAAACGUACACAAACAACUCAAAUAUUCAAUUUAUCCCAACCAUAACUGAAUAUUUUUCGUACUACCUACCAGUCUAGUAUAAGUUGAGUUUUGUUGUGAUCAGAACACGGAUUGUCUGAUCGAAAGAACAACAAACAGCGAGGCCGAUUUUAUCCUUGCACCAAUCGAAGCCGCAGAGUGGUUGACCUGAUACGGUGCUGUUUUGUAUCAUUUGUAACUCACCAAUCACGCCGAUUGGUACACCGUCGCCAUCUUUGUCUACUCUUUUGUCUGGAUACACGCUAAACAAACAAAUAAAUGUUUACACUGUU